CGCGACCCAACACGAAACAYCGUGAUUUUCUGUUCCGAAUCCAAUUUUUCCACUGUUCUUCGGCGGAAUCUCAAAGUUCAAGAAUUUCGUGGAGGUUUCGAAGUUCCGGGUUUCUUCAUUCGUGAUCAAGCUUGUCCCGCAUCCAAACCAGAACGGGAUUUGGAWGACAAUUGACUCGAUCGAAUAACCGAAUGGCAUCCAACGAGAAAGCCCGCAAUCAUUUCCUUCUUUGUUACGGCCAAGGACCAGCACGAUGAUUUUUUUCUCGCACGAGUACGAGUACUAGUACGAGUACGAAAACGUUGGUUCUGUUCACCAACAACAAAGCAUCAUUUUUGUGCCUACCGGUAUUUCGUAUUUUGGUACAAAAGGAGUACAGUACCAUACCGUGCGAAGAAUCGAUCCGGAGAAUCGACAGACAAAGAGACAAUCAGGCAGACGAGCGGCCAGAGUCGAAACGAAACGAAACGAAAUACAUACACAGAGAGACAGCAUGACCGGCAGCACCAACGAAGCCCUGGCGGAUGCCUGUUCGGGCGUCGUCGGGACGCUGGUUUCGCUGUGGUGUUUUUAUCCCAUCGAACGGCUGAAAACCAACGUGCAGGCCGGAACCAGCACGGGGUCCUUUUCUUCCUCGUCUUUUUCUUCGCCUGCGUCGGCCUUGUCUUCCACGGAAGAAAUCCUCGAGGUCUUGAAGAGAUCCUUUCGCGGGUGCGGAACCAAGAGCCUGCACGCCACCGCAUCGAGUUUCUGUUAUUUCUAUUUCUACUCGUGGAUCGUUUCCGAUUACCAACGCCGGAGGCGGCGGAAGACGAACGAAAAGGGCGAUCUUCAAAAGGGCACCGGACAAGGACGAGGACAAGGACAAGGACUGGCACCCUCGACGCGUCUGUUUCUGGCGGCGAUCGCGGCGAUGCUCAACACCCUGGUGACCCUUCCCCUGGACGUCUUGUCGUCGCAGCGCACCGUGGGAGCGGACCCCGAAUCGAAUCGGGACGCGACAACGAAAGCCGCCAAUCGGAGAACAGCGGCGGCUUCCCGGCCGAACGAUGCGGGGAAAACAGCACACGGGAACGACUCCGCGGCGCGUGCCCCACCCUCUGGGUCGUCGUCGUCGUCGUCGUCGUCGUCGUCGUCGUCUUUUUCUUCUUCUUCUUCUCCGACGACGACACCCUCGGAACCGUCCGUCGUUGAAUUGGUCUUUCACGAGGCUUGCUCGUGUUCCGAAGACCUGUUCUCUCUCGACGGAAAAACGAACAGCAGGAGCAACAGCAGGAGCAGCAACAGCAACAGCAGCAACAACAGCAACAGCAACAGCAACAGCAACGGCAGCGGGGAACACUGCGGGGAGCAAGACGACGCCAACAACACCAGCCGGUGCAGCAACAACAGCAGCCUCAGCGGAGCGAGCAGCAUGCUGUCCAUCAACGAGGAGUACAGGRCGAGGUGGAACCAGCGCCAGCUGGAGCGCAAUGCCCUCAAAACGCGGAGRCGGCGGCUCCCGCACCGGAUCGAACCGAGGCYKUCCGUGUGGCCGGUGCUGCGGGCCUCGCUKGCCAMRGCCCGGCCGGUCCCGACCCUGCCCAAGAGGUGGUCCGGCCUCUGGAAGGGCCUGGCACCGGCACUCCUGCUGUGCAGCAAYCCGAGCAUUCACUACACCGUCUUUGACGUUCUAAAGAMCAACCUGCUGGCCUGGAAGCGCCAGCGGAAGAACACCGUGGGUGGUGGUGGAAGCCGGCAGCAGCUCUCGGCGUCCGAUGCCUUUGUGCUGGGACUCCUCUCGAAAUUUGUUGCGACCAUCGUGACGUACCCACUCAUCCGUGCCAAGGUCCUGAUGAUGGUCCAGGGCAACAACAACAACAACAACAACAACGACGACGACGCCGACGACGACGACGAUGGCACCGGCAAAGAAAGCACCGGCACAACAAGCAAAGCCAGGAGAUUUGUUUCGUCGAGGUCGAGUUCCUCGCUGCUUUCCGUCCUAGAAGAAUCCUACCACCGGGACGGCGGAAUCAAGGGAUUGUACAAGGGAUGCGACUGGCAGCUGAUCCACACGCUGCUGAAAUCGGCGCUGAUGAUGGCCAUUCGGGAAAAAAUCACCGGGACGUCCCGUWCCUUGUUUCGGGUCGGGGAAGCAGCAUCCCCGUCCUCUUCCUAAGCCAAAGUGGCGGCGGCACGCCAGCGGCAGCUGCAAUUUAGAAUUUGAUUGAUUCGGUGGAACAAGUUGUAGAGCAUCUUAACAUCAUGAUGGUAGUUCUGGCAUUUUACUGUGAAAUGUCUUGCACCAUUGAAUUCUACCUUGUGCUUCCGUGGUAAUUCUCUAUGCCUUUUCUUCUCCACUUUCGGAUSUAGAAUAGAGUUAUGGUAAAUGA